GCUGUCAGCAGGCUGGAAUGCGCGACUCACGCUGUGCAGCCCCCUGCUCUCCUGCACCAACACACACUCACUCACCUCACUCACACAGAGCCUUCUCUCACACGUCAAUUACUACCGAAUUAUUAAUGCUUUCUUUCAACUGAGUGCGAAGACGAUUCCACUCCAGCUUAUUGCCCUUCAGAAUGUCAGCCAUGCCAGAUUUAAGCAUGACCAUGAGUCCACUGGACAUAAGCAUGACACCAAUCUAUGGUACCACAGAAAUGGCAGAAAAUGUCACAUCUUGUCAGGAGUGGGAGAAAGCUCAUCAUCUACUUUUCCAUCUGGGCAACCUGAGUUUAGUUGUGGGCCUUCUCAUUCCAACCACUGUUGGCCUGCACAUGAUCCUCCUCAGACUUCUACUGAUGACAGGAUGCUGCUGGUUUAUAAUCUGGGCUGCUCUGUACAGAUGCACACUAGAUGUAUUGGUUUGGAAUGCUGUGUUUCUCAUAGUGAACUUCAUGCAUUUCUUCUACUUGCUAUACAAACGCAGACCUAUUAAGAUUGACCGUGAGCUGAGAUCAGUGUAUAAAAGGAUGUUUGAACCCCUGCAUGUACGUGAAGCUUUGUUCCAGAGGCUCACUGGUCAGUUCUGCACCAUCCAGACCCUUAAGAAAGGCCAAGUGUAUGCUGCUGAGGACAAGACUUCAGUGGAUGAGCGCCUCAGCAUUCUCCUCAAGGGGAAAAUGAAGGUGUCAUAUCGUGGCCAUUUCCUUCACAACAUUUACACUAAUGCCUUUAUUGAUUCUCCCGAGUUCAGAUCAACACAGAUGAACAGGGGAGAAAAGUUCCAGGUGACAAUCACAGCUGAGGAAAACUGCAAAUACCUGUGCUGGUCUAGAGAGAGGCUGACUUACUAUCUGGAGUCUGACACAUUUCUGAAGGAGGUGUUCAGGUACCUCAUUGGCAAGGACAUUACUAACAAGCUGUAUUCUCUGAACGACCCCACUCUUAGUGACAAGGCGGUAAAGAAAAUGGAGAGGCAGCCGAGUUUGUGCUCCCAGCUCUCAAUGAUGCAGAUGAGAAACAGCAUGGCCAGCACCAGUGACACAGAUGAUGUGCUUAAUCAGAUUCUGAGAGGCGGAUCAGGUGGUUCAUCUGUUCAAAAUAAUCCACAUAAUAAGGCCUCCAUGACUAUGAAACCAAUUGAAGAAGCCAUGGAAGAUGAUGUUUUCGAAGGUGAUUCAGCUAAUGACUCCCAAAACAGCCCAGAACCGGUGUAGAAUGAUAUUCCAGAUGACGUCUAAACUGAUAUUUGGUGGACUUCUGUGUGAAUAUAGACUGUUAUUGAUCAGAAAUGACUUUUGGGACUAUCCUACACAUUCUUUAUGUAAUAUACAGAAUAGACAGCCUUUCCAAGCAGAGAUUCAUGUCAUUAAACCAUGAUAGCAUCUUGCAGGCUGUGCUUGCUCUGCAAUGGCUUAGCAAAUGCAACUUUUUAAUAGGAGCACGAGGAACAUUUAAUGUUUUCUAUGUAUAAUGAUAUAAAUUCACUAUGUAUUUAAAAUCAAUAGUUAGCUUAUCACUUGGUACACGAAUGUAAACACUGUUUAUUUUCUUUCCU